AUGAGAGUUUCAGCACUCUGGACAGCGCUGGUCUUGCUUCUGAUUCAAGGCACCGCGAGAGCCUGCACAGUCAAGAAACUGAGCAAUAAUACCGGACGCUUUGCCAAUGCCACCUUGGUACGCCUCUCCGAGUACUUGAGUGCUGGGUACAAGAAGGGUGUGCGACCCGUGCGUAACUGGCGAAAUUGCACAAUGGUGGCCAUCGACCUUAUGGUGUACUCUAUCCUCAGUGUGGAUGAGAAGAACCAGGUUCUGACAACAUACAUAUGGUACAGGCAGGAAUGGACAGACGAAUUCUUGGUAUGGAACCCAGAGGAUUUUGAUGAUGUGAAUCAAAUGUCCAUACCGACUGCGAAUGUGUGGGUGCCUGACAUACUAAUCAACGAGUUUGUGGAUGUGGGGAAGUCUCCGGACAUUCCCUACGUGUACGUGACCCAUUAUGGACUCGUGCGCAACUACAAGCCUAUCCAGGUGGUGACCGCCUGCACUCUCAACAUCUACAACUUCCCAUUCGACGUCCAAAACUGCAGCCUGACCUUUCAGAGCUGGCUCCAUACCCUUAAUGACAUCGAUCUCAAGCUGAUGAGGAGCACAGAGGAACUCAAGGUGGACAAGAGUGUCUUCAUGAACCAGGGGGAGUGGGAGCUUCUUCACGUCCUGUCUAAAUACAAGCGCUUCAGUCUGGACAACAUUGACUCCUAUGCAGAGAUGAAGUUCAAUGUGGUGAUCCGACGCAGACCUCUGUUCUACACUGUGAACCUGCUGCUGCCCAGCAUCUUCCUGAUGGUGAUGGACCUGGUGGGCUUCUAUCUCCCUCCGGACAGUGGAGAGAGGGUGUCCUUCAAGAUCACCCUGCUUCUGGGAUACUCCGUCUUCCUCAUCAUCGUCUCUGACACGCUGCCCGCCACCGCCAUCGGGACGCCGCUCAUAGGUGUAUACUUUGUAGUGUGCAUGGCACUGUUGGUGAUCAGCCUGACAGAGACAGUGUUGAUAGUGCGACUGGUGCAUAAGCAGGACCUGCAGCCCCACGUACCCCAGUGGCUCAAACACUUGGUGCUGGAGCGGGCCACAGUCCUCCUCUGCAUCCGCAACAAACACAGCUUGUGCUCCAUGCUGUCCAGGGACUCUGACCAUCUGGGCCACUACAAAGAGAACAACAUCAGCCCAGCUCGAUGCAAUCACCACCACCUUCACCACACCUGCGAGAGUGGCCGUGGUGGCGGGGACAUCAUGGAGCGGGGCCUGGGGGGCCUGUCUGUGGUGCGUGACAACACGCCGCCCGUCAUGGACAACAUCCUGCAGGAAAUCUCAUCUAUCCGAGGCUUCCUGGAGAAGAGGGACGAGUCCCGGGACAUCGCCAAGGAGUGGCUGCAGGUGGGCUACGUGCUGGACGUCCUGCUCUUCAGGGUCUAUCUGGUGGCCAUGCUGGCCUACAGCAUCACCCUAGGGACCCUCUGGUCCGUGUGGCAGUAUGCCUGA